AUGAAAUCUAGCAAUUUCGUUUUUGUCAUUUUUCUUCACAUUUUGAUGCAACUUUUCUCUCAAUGUGUUUCCCAAGAUUUCGACUAUUUCUGUUUUGUUCAAUCAUGGCCGGGGUCUUACUGCGACACCAGACGUGGUUGCUGCUUUCCGACGACCGGAAAACCAAAAGCAGAUUUCGGAAUUCACGGGCUUUGGCCAGAGUACAACGAUGGGUCUUAUCCAUCCAACUGUGAUCCUCACAGUGUAUUUGAUCCAUCACUGGUUUCAGACCUGAAAGAGGAUUUACAAAGAAACUGGCCAACGCUUGCCUGUCCUAGUGGUGAUGGUAAUGCAUUUUGGGGACAUGAGUGGAACAAACACGGAACCUGUUCAGAAUCAUCCCUUAACCAACAUGGCUAUUUUGCCUCUGCUCUAAAGCUAAAGAGAAAAAUAAAUCUUCUCGGAAUCCUCACUAACUCACGCAUAAAACCAGAUGGAAGGUUUUAUAGCAUAAACCGCAUAAAAAAUGCCAUAAGAGAAGCAACUGGAUUUACUCCGGGAAUAAAAUGUAAUGUCGACGGAGACAGUAAUAGUCAGCUUUAUGAGAUCUUCAUCUGCGUUGAUAAAAAUGGUUUGGAAUUAAUUAGGUGCCCAGAACUUCCCAAGCAACGAUGCAAAUCCACUGUUGAAUUCCCCUAUUUUGGAGCAAUCACUACCAAUGUUAAUGGCACAAUGGAAAACGUAGAAGAUGCAGAUGUUCUCAAAUUAUCUGCAGCUUAA